AUGGAUGGCAUCGUAUGGAUCAGCUGUGCUAUCGUGACGUUCGUCGGUGCGGCCUUCUCGGCGGGGGGAGGCAUCGGCGGCGGGGCCAUCUACAUCCCCACUUAUAUGGUCAUCUUCGGGACGGCGCAUUUGGCGGUGCCGCUGAGCAAGGUGACCAUAUUCGGGCUGGCGCUGGCCUCCAACUUGUUCAAUGUGCAUCAGAGGCACCCGAAGAGGGACAGGUGAGAGAGGGAGGGAAAGAAAUGGUCCUGAUGCACUGUGUGUGUGGUGUGCCUGUUUGUGUGCCAGGCCGUUGAUCAACUACGAGAUGUGUAUCAUGCUGGAGCCUGCAACUCUCAUCGGUGCGUCAGCAUUGCCGGCCUUCCUGCAUUUACUCUGGAUGGGUGCUGUAGGUGCGAUGAUCGGCGUCUACCUGAACGUGGUGAUGACGUCGAUCGAGAUCCUCGGCUGCCUCGUGGUGGUCCUCUCCAUCACUUCCUACAAGACCUUUGUCAAGGGCGUCAAGCAGUACCGGCAGGAGUCCCUCACACACACACGGAUACCCCACACAGAACUGCCGGCCAUCGCCGUCCACCCACACACGCAAGACACUAUGAGGACUGACCAGGCCGACCAGCCAGAAGACACACAAGACCGAGAGGGAGGCAAGAUGCCCCUGAUUGUGACGUCGACCGACCCCCUGCUGGCCUCCCUCCCUCCCAGCCAUGGCGGCCAUGGCGACGUUUCCCCCGCCGGCGUGAGCACCGGCAUGCCCAGCGACACCUCCCCCCUCUCUCUGCGCAUGGCAGACGUCAAGACACCAGGCGGCAGAAGCCACCAAGUACAACAGCAAGAGCACCAGGAGAGUGAGAAAGCGGCUCUGCUGCCGCGAGGGAGAGAGGGACAGGGGGAGGAGGGGAGGGGUCGGCAGCCGCUGGAGAUAGAAGAGGAAGUUGGUGACGAGAAGAACACAGACGAGGUGCGGCGGUACCACAGGUGGGAUGCGUGUGUGCCGUGGGGGUGGCUGGGUGUGCUGGUGGUGUGCUGGGCCGUCAACUGCGCGGCACUCGUCUAUGCGGGCGGGCCGACCGGCAUUCUCUGCGGUCAGUGAGGCAGCAAGGCAGAGAAAGGGAAAUGGGAUUAUGUGUGUUGUGUUGUGCAGGCGAUUUGCUGCAGAAGAUUGCUCUGUUGACACUGAUUGUGGUGCUGGCGUCGUUCACAUUAUGGUUCCGCCAAGUGCUGCUCGCAUACAGAGUGGGUGGGAAGGAGCAUGUGCACCGCCACCUUGCUCAUCGUUUCUCUAUCUGUCUGUCUGUCGAUCGAUCAGCGUGACCGUGAGGUGUGCGGCUUCCACACACACGCCAUCGACGAGGGCGGAUUCGGAUGGAUCACCGCCAGAAACACACGUACCUUUGCACACACACACACGAUGCCUUCACUCCAUCCAUCCAUCCUGUUGCUGUGUCAGUGGUGUACCCGUUUUGGUCGAUGGUGGCUGGCGUGGCGGCGGGGUGCCUCGGUAGGCAUCUAUGUGUUUGUUGGUGUGUUGGGGGUGCUCGGUGGUCAUUCAUGCCGUCAGUGCAGUGAGGAUGUGACCUUAUCGCAAGCAGCGACUGGCCUGUCUGUCUUGCUGGCCGUCGCGAUGAGCUUUGCAAAAUUCCAAUUGAUACUUCUGAACCAAAGAGGCAGACAGACAGACAGACAGCAUAGCUGCCCAUUUCAUUGUCCAUGGCCAGAUUUGUUUGCUGUGUGUGUGUGUGUGUGUGUGUGCAGGUAUUGGUGGUGGUCUUGUGAAGGGCCCCUUGAUGCUUGAGAUAGGUAACUGGGAGAGAGAGAGAGAGAGAGAGAGAGAGCGACGACGCAGUUCGUUCAUUCGCACGUUGGUCUCUCUCAGGUCUGCUCCCCCACUCGGCCGUCGUCUCGUGAGCAACACGCCACUCCUACACACACACACACACACACACAGGCGUGUGUGUGUGUGGUGCAGUGCGACGUUCAUGAUCCUGUUCACCUCGUCGAGCACCUCGCUGCAAUUCGGCCUCAUGGGUGGGUCGGUGGACAACCAACCAACCAAACAAACCAUACGCUCAUUCUGGCAUUCUGUCAUUGUCGUGAUGCGUGUCACACAGGCCGCCUCGAGAUUGUUUCGUCCCUCAUCUUCUCGCUGUGCGCCUUCUGCGGAGCGGUGAGCGGACAAACAGCCAACCAGCCCAAAAGAGCUGUGUGUUUGUCACACCAAUCAGCUGGUGGGGGUCAAGCUGGUGUCUGCCGCCGUGCGGCGGUUCAAGCACGGCCAAUCGGGGGUCACCUUCCUCCUCGGCACACUCAUCCUUGUUAGGUAACCCCACCAACCCCUCACACACACACACGAAAUGGCUGAAUGCUCUCCCUCUCUCUCUCUCUCUCUGUGUGUGUGUGUGUGUCAGUAUGUGUUGCAUGGUGGGUGUGAGCAUCCACGAGGAGCUGCACGGGGUGAGGAAGCGGCCGCCCUUCUCUGUGAAGAACCUGUGUGAGGCCCUGCACAAACACCCACAGACCCCCGAGCUGCCACAGAUGUUCUCCUGGCACAAGUGGCAGAAAUGGCACCACUGACUUACGAACAGAGAG